AUGAUGAUAGUUGAAAAGGACAGGUUGGAAAAGGUGAUAGAAGAGAUAGUUCAAGAAAUAGUUCCUAAUUCACCAACACCACCUUCGGUAGAAUCGGAUUCCGAUUUGUCAAUGGAAAUGGAAGUAGAUAAAACCAAAAUCGAACCUAUACCUCCUCCAUAUGAAGAGGACGUUUAUAGUGAUGAUAUUGUCGUGGAACCACCAAAACCAGAUUUGAUGGAAGAUAUAACUCCAUCUCCACCUGAAGUCGAAUCAACACCAGAACCGCAAACUUUACCCGUUCCUACUUUCAAAUUUCAACCUUAUGCUCUUCCACCUCCCGAAACCUUAUCCUCAGAACAUUCUAUUUCUUUUAUAAAAAAUGCUUUUAAAAAUAUAUUGGACGUUGAAGCUGCAUUAUCUGCUGAUGUGAAAGACAAACGCUCGAAUGUAGUUCUAACAACUUUGUCUAAUGGUAAAAGACUAACAAAAUCACAAUUACACAUAAUGGCUUCAAGGUUCUUAACUCGAGGUCUUGAAACUUAUUAUGAGAAUGGUCACAAACAAUUUGAUGACUUGAGAGAAAUGAUUGUUCAAUUUAUACUUAAAGAUUUCAGGAAUAGAACAGAAUUUGCUUUAACAUGGCUUGAUGAAGAAUGGUAUCAUGAUUCUAUUAUGUUACGUAAAGAUUCCUCAUAUCAACCAAACUAUUCAAUUUGGUUAUGCAAAUUGUUAGACAGAAUCAUGCCAGCUCUUGAAGAUCAUAUAUUUACUCAAUUUCUACUGGAUGUUCCAGAGUUAUUUGAAGAUGCCGUGGAUCGAAUAAAAAUCUUUUGUAACGAUCCUGAUAGGAGUUCACUUGGAUUCGCUACAUUAAGCGAAUUGAUUGAACUUCGACCACCAGCAAGACCAUUUUGUUUAAAUAUUUUAUUAGCAUACUGUUUGCACAAAGGCGAACGAUUGAGAAAUUCGGCUAUUACCAAAGCUAAUAAAUGGUUUCCUGAUCAUCCAGUGGUCGGUAGUGAGGUUGAAUCUUUCGCAUUACAGUCAUUGAAACAGCUUACACUAGAAGUGCCACCUCCAACAUAUGACUUUCAUUAUCAUUACCAUUAUAGCGAGACCACAAAGAUAAUAAAGGAUGAAAUGAAAGAGGAGGAAAGAAAAUGGACGCAAGUAGAUGUGGAACGUCAUCUUGAUUUAUUUCUUUCUUUAGUUGCAAAGAAAAGACAAUUAUUCGAAGAUCUGGUUGCGGUCUACAUCACAUCAUCAGAUUCAAUUCAAAAGAUGAUUCGUAAUUAUUCACAAAAAAUGAUUGACACAAUCGGGUUGGCUGGAUUAUUAGAUUUAUUCCAAACUUUUCCAAGUGGAGCAGAAGAUUUUGUAUUGAGAUUGUUAAUUGUCUAUACAAAUAGGAUGGUGCACCCACCAACUCAAUUAAUAAAUACCGCCAAAACUGUGAUUGUACAGAGGAAUUUAGAUGGAAGAUUUCUAUUUCCAAUUAUUGCAUAUUUUGAUAAGGAAGAAAUACUACGUCAUCUUCCUAAAGUCAUUGUUACGCUUGAUGCUACUGAAAAACAGAGAGAAAUUGUAAAAAAGGUUUUCAUGAAAAUUUUAACAGUUUCAGCGAAAACUCCAACACCUUUAAAGCCAAUGGACUUGUUAGUUUUUUUGCAUCAAUUAAAGCCAAAUGAAGUUCCAUUAAAACACUCUGUUGAAGCAAUUCAUGUGUGUUUCAAAUUAAACAAUAUAUACAAUUCACAAAUAUUGGGUGCCGUGCUACAACAUCUAUCUGUGCAAUCCGAGUUGCCGCCUUCUUUUAUGAGGACGGUGACAUUAAGUGUUAGAACGUAUAAAAAUUUAUCGAGCGUUGUUAAUGAAUUGUUGCUACGACACAUCAAUCAUAUUUGGCAAAAUGAAAUGCUGCGUAAAGGAUUUAUAUUAUAUUGUACAGAAUAUUGUCUCAAGAUACAACCAAAUGAUUUUAAAUUUUUAUUACGAUUACCAAAAACUCAAAUAUUAGAAGUAUUAGAGCAAAAAGAUCCCACGUUAAAAAAACAAUUUAGAAAAACUAUGCUAGAGUCUAAUGCUGAUCAAAGACGUUUACUCCAGGGAUAUUUAAUUGAGCUAUUAGAGAUUAGUACUAAAAAAACUACGGGACAAAAAGUAGCCAUAUUUGUGGACAAUCCUCUAAGAAAGAGUUAUGAUAAAAAAGAGACUGAAAAGGUUUACGCGGUUUUGAAAAGAGAGGCUAGUCAAUUGUCACGGCUUCGUCAUCCGUCAUUAUUAGAAGUUGUUGAAGCUGUUGAGGAAUCAAGAACAGUUAUUACAUUUGCAACUGAACCUAUUUUAUCUUCUCUUGCUAAUUUACUUGGGAAUUAUGAUAAUUUGUCUCCUAUUCCAGAUGAUAUUAAAAAUUUUGACAUGGAUGAAUUAGAGAUUCAGAAAGGGCUACUUCAGGUUGGUAAAGGUUUACAAUUUUGUCAUAAUGAUGCCAAAAUUGUUCAUUCAAAUCUGGUACCAGAAGCAAUAUUCGUAAACACAAAGGGAGACUGGAAAAUUGGAGGGUUUGGAUUUAGUACCUUUAUUACUAAUCCUGAUGCCUCCGCACCUUACGAAUACCCAGAUUAUGAUGUGCGAAUACCAAGUUAUGCGCAAAAAAAUCUUGAUUACAUGGCACCAGAAUAUGUGUUGGAUGAGAACCUUGAUUUUGCGAACGAUAUGUUUGCUCUCGGCUGCUUAAUAUAUACGGUGCAUAAUCAUGGCAAACCUCCAAUAAAAAACCAUAAUAGCAUUCAAACAUAUCGUAAAAAUAUUGAAAAUUUAUCUUCGAUUAGUUAUGAACAACUUCCCUAUCAUCUUCAUGAGGUUAUGUUUAAUCUCAUUACGCGGUAUCCAUCCCAGAGAAUGACAGCAAUUGAAUUUCAGACGAGCAAAUAUUUUGAUAAUGUUCUAGUUUCUACCGUGAAAUUCUUUGAAAGUUUUCCAGAGAAAACCGCAGAUGAUAAGGCAAAUUUCAUGAAAGGUUUAAUUCGAAUUUUGCCACAAUUUCCUGAGAGGGUGUUAGUCCGCAAGAUUUUGCCUUCUCUUCUUCAAGAGUUAAAGGAUUAUUCACUUUUAGCAUAUACACUUCCUAAUAUUUUCUUUAUAGCGCAAAAAUUACCACCUAAUGAUUUUUGUGACAAAGUUCUUAUACCUCUUAAACCAAUAUUUUCCAUUUCUGAACCAAUGCAAAAUAUGAUAACUUGCCUGGACAAUAUUGAUUUGUUUCAACAGAAGACUUCAUCUUCUAUAUUUAAAGAUGAUGUAAUGCCCCUAAUUUAUAAUGCAUUGGAAACAAGGGUGCCUGCAAUACAAGAUAAAGUCCUUAAAGUUAUACCCACAAUAGCCGACUCCUUAGAUAUUUCGACUGUUAAGGCUUCAUUAUUUCCAAGGAUUCAGAAUCUGUUUAUCCAUACUACAAUAUUGUCCAUCAAAGUGACAACGUUGAUUUGUCUUCAUUCAUUAAUUAAAUUAUUAGAUAAUUUUACAAUAACGGAAAAACUUAUACCUUUGCUAAAAGGCAUCAAGACGAAGGAGCCUUCCGUGAUGAUUGCUACACUCACAGUGUAUGAAGAAAUGGGUAAAUCUUCGGAAAAGGAUGUUAUAGCUACAGAAAUAAUACCACAAUUGUGGAAGUUAUCUGUAGUCCCAACAUUAAACCUACAGCAGACAUUGUCCAUGAAAGUUGAGAAGGACCAUUCGCGUCAACUUCAGGACAUUAAGAAUAUUGAAGAUAAUACGAGAAAGUUUGAGGAAGGAGGGAAAGAUAAUGAUAUGAACAAUAUUCCCGUUGAUUUUGAAAAACUUGUUGGUUCAUCUGGAAGAAUGAUUAAUAAUAAUGCAAUAAAUAGCGUCGGUAAUUGUUCUACUGAAAUUCCACCUGAUCCCUUUGAUACACCGGAUAAUGGACCGAUUCCUGGGUUCAUAACUACUUAUGGACCAUCCAACAUGAGCUCGAAAACAAAUAAUGAACUAAUGACAUCAACUAUUCAAGCUGAUUUUUUCACAAGUAAUGGAGUCAUACCGAUAUCACAAACAUCUCGCAAUUCAUUAAGUUCAACAAACACUUUUAUGGGAAACCAAAAUCAGACACAGGCACAAUCCAUAAAUUCAUAUUCUACCAUAUCUACAUCACCUUCACUUAAUAAAAUCCCAUCGUUACCACCACCAAAUUUUUCUUCGAAGGCAGGGACACUUUCAUCAAUCUCUACUUCAUCAUCUAUUUCAUCAAGUUUAUUUAAUUCAAUAGCAACUUCAACACCAAUGUCACCUAUUUCACAUGGUAAAUCUAAUACAAUGAAUACGACACGUCCAUCAUCAUUUUCAAUGAAUAAUGCCACACCAUCUUUAAAUAAUUUCAAUUCUCAAAUUAAUUCAGUGUCAUUAAAUUCUUCUUCAUUAAAUAAUGACCAACUUAACAUGAAGAAUAUGAAUGCUACACCAUCAUAUAAUCCUGGAAGUAUACUUCAACCUAUAAGUUCAUCAAAUAAAUCAGGAUUUAAUAGUAGUUCAGGUACUAAUCAAAAAAUAAGCAAGGGAGAUUUAACAAUGUUUGAUCCAUAUUCAUGA